AUGCUGGUGCACUUGUUUCGAGUCGGAAUUAGGGGUGGCCCCGUCCCAGGCAAGCCGUUGCUACCCCUCCGCUUCCAGACAUUCUCGGCUAUCAGGUCCUCCGAUGGCCGCCCCAGCGCCUGCCUCCUUGGGGCUGUGGCCCGGCUACGCUCCCAGCUCCGGGCCCGCCUCCCUCGAGCACCUCCAGCUCCCAUCCGGAGCCCCUCUGCCUGGCGCUGGGUUGGGGGAGUCCUCCUGGGCCCCCUGGUUCUGAGUAAGUGCCCCCACCUCGGCCUUGUGGCACUGUGUGAGGCAGAAGAGGGCCCCCCGGCCCACUCCAGACCCUGUGUCCUGGAGCCCCGCUUUAACUGGACGCUCUUCUGGCAGUUUCUGCGCCCCCACCUGCUGGUCCUGGGGGCAGCCGUCGUGCUGGCGCUGGGCGCGGCCCUGGUGAACGUGCAGAUCCCCCUGCUCCUGGGGCAGCUGGUGGAGAUUGUGGCUAAGUACACGAGGGACCACGCGGGCAGCUUCCUGACGGAGUCCCGGAGCCUCAGCACCCACCUGCUCCUCCUCUAUGGCCUGCAGGGCCUGCUGACCUUCGGGUACCUGGUGUUACUGUCCCGCAUCGGCGAGCGCAUGGCCGUGGACCUUCGAAGGGCGCUUUUCUGCAACCUGCUCCGCCAAGACAUCGCGUUCUUUGACGCUAAGAAGACAGGGCAGCUGGUGAGCCGACUGACGACGGACGUGCAGGAGUUUAAAUCCUCCUUCAAACUCGUCAUCUCCCAGGGGCUGCGGAGCUGCACGCAGGUGGCCGGCUGCCUGGUGUCCCUGUCCAUGCUCUCCACGCGCCUCACGCUGCUGCUGAUGGUGGCCACGCCUGCUCUGAUGGGAGUUGGCACCCUGAUGGGCUCAGCUCUCAGAAAACUGUCUCGCCAGUGUCAGGAGCAGGUCGCCAGGGCAACAGGUGUGGCAGAUGAGGCCCUGGGCAAUGUUCGGACCGUGCGCGCCUUCGCCAUGGAGCAGCGGGAGGAGGAACGCUACGGAGCGGAGCUGGAGGGGUCCCGCUGUAAGGCAGAGGAGCUGGGUAGAGGCAUCGCCUUGUUCCAGGGGCUCUCCAACAUCGCCUUCAACUGCAUGGUCUUGGGCACCCUGUUUAUUGGGGGCUCCCUUGUGGCGGGGCAGCAGCUGACAGGGGGAGACCUCAUGUCCUUCCUGGUGGCUUCCCAGACUGUGCAGAGGUCCAUGGCCAACCUCUCCAUCCUGUUCGGUCAGGUGGUGCGGGGGCUCAGCGCGGGCGCCCGGGUCUUCGAGUACAUGACCCUGAGCCCCGGCAUCCCGCUCAGUGGGGGCUGCAGCCUGCCCCGGGAGCACCUGCGCGGCUCUAUCACCUUUCACAACGUCUCCUUCAGCUACCCCUGCCGCCCCGGCUUCCCCGUGCUCAGAGACUUCAGCCUCACGCUGCCCCCAGGCAAGAUCGUGGCCCUGGUGGGCCAGUCCGGGGGAGGAAAGACCACCGUGGCCUCCCUGCUCGAGCGCUUCUACGACCCCACAGCGGGUGUGGUGACACUGGACGGGCAGGACCUGCGCACCCUUGACCCCUCCUGGCUCCGGGGCCAGGUCAUUGGCUUCAUCAGCCAGGAGCCCAUCCUGUUUGGAACCACAAUUAUGGAGAACAUUCGUUUCGGGAAGGUGGACGCCUCUGACGAAGACGUUUAUGCAGCCGCCCGGGAAGCCAACGCUCACGAGUUCAUCACCAGCUUCCCGGAGGGCUACAACACUAUUGUGGGUGAGCGAGGUGCAACCCUGUCUGGCGGCCAGAAGCAGCGCCUGGCCAUCGCCCGAGCGCUCAUCAAGCAGCCCGCCGUGCUGAUCCUGGACGAGGCGACCAGCGCGCUGGACUCGGAGUCGGAGAGGGUCGUGCAGGAGGCCCUGGACCGCGCCAGCGCCGGGCGCACCGUGCUCGUCAUCGCCCACCGGCUUAGCACUGUGCGCGGCGCCCACCAGAUCGUCGUCAUGGCCCACGGCCGGGUCUGCGAGGUGGGGACGCAUGAGGAGCUCCUGAAGAAGGGCGGGCUCUACUCGGAGCUCAUCCGGAGACAGGCCCUGGACACCCCGCCUCCGGAGCCACCCCGAGUCCUUGGGCACCGGCACUCCAAGUCCUGA